AUGAGCUCGAUCCCUCCAAAGUCAGGCCUUCAACCUCAAGGACAGAGCACCUCUAACCAGGCCGCCUCUCAAUCUACCGCUCCUGCAACCUCUGGGAAUCCCUCUUCUCAGCCGGCUGCGACCAAGUCCUACGCCAGCGCCACCAAAAAGUCCGCGACGGACUCGACCGCCGCUCCCGUCACCGUGGGCGGCUCAUCGCAACAUGGGAAGUCGACCUCAGUAUCUCCUGUGAGCGGCAAACCCAUGCAGCAAUCUCAGACCCCCGGCGUCACCAUCGUCAAUGGCGCCCCGGCUCCUUCCUCCGCGCAAGGCGAUCAUUCUCGCAAGCCCUCCGUGACCAUCACCUCCGCCGGUACCUCAGGCUACAUCCCCAACGGGGGUCCCAACAGUCGUCCCAAUAGCUUGCAGUUUGGCUUUGCUGCCAACCAGCCGACCUCACCCAAUAUGGGUAACCCAGCCGUGCCGGCCAACCAGCCCCAGUCCGGUUUGGGUGUCAACCCAGGUGCGAAUCCCCGUGUCACGUCGCCUCAGACGUCGCCGUCGCCUAUUCCUCAGCCCGCCUCGAGCGGUGGCCGGCCACCGCCGUCGUCAUACCAGGCUCAAGGCAAUGUUCCCAACUUUGGCAGCUUCGGUGAUGCAGGUGAUAAC